GCUCGCUCGCUCCCGCCCGUCCGGCCCCGCCCCUUUUGGUCACUCAGGGGCGCGCGCGGCGGGCGCGCGGCGAUUGGCUGCGCCUCCGGCCCGAGACGCUGCGCCCGCGGAGUGGGCGCCGAGGCUUCUUCCCGCGGCUCCUCAGUGCAGAUACAACUUUUUGUCUUGCACAAGAGGCUUCAGUGGGAAUUGAGAGUGCAUCAGUAGAGCAGCUGACUAUGAAUUCUGAGCAAACCAUGCAUGAAUUAGGCAAUGAAGUAACAUCUGAGGACCUGGAACUACCAGAGAGAAUCUCCAGCAAUUUACAGGCCAUUGGUCCAUAUCCAUUUGAAGGGCCAUCUACAAAGUGCAGUAUACUGGAAUGUGGAAAGAAUGAUAUGAAUUAUGAAUCUGUGACUUCUCAUCAAGUUAUCUCAGACUUAAAUAAAGAGACGUCAGUAGCAUAUCUCCAAAGAGAACUGGAAAUUCUCAGAACAAGCAAUAAAAAGCUUCAAGAAAAAUUGACUAAAGAAGAUAAGGAAAAGAGAAAAUUAAAGCUUAAGUUGGAACUCCACGAGAAAGCAGCAGAGGCUGAAAUCGCUGAAAGGACAGCAGCUUUGGUUGAAGAAGUAUAUUUUGCACAGCGAGAACGCGAUGAAGCUAUUAUGUGCAGACUGCAGUCAGCUCUUGAGGAGAGAGAUGAAGCAGUUGCACGUGUGAAGCAUAUGGAAAUGUCACUAAAACUGCUAGAAAAUAUUAACCCUGAAGAAAAUGACAUGACAUUACAGGAAUUACUGAGCAGAAUAAACAAUGCAGACACUGGGAUAGCUAUUCAGAAGAAUGGAGCUAUAAUUGUGGAUAGAAUCUACAAGACCAAGGAGUGUAAAAAGAGAAUAACCACAGAAGAAAUGAAUGCAGUGAUAGAAGAGCGGGAUGCGGCUUUGUCUCAGUGCAAACGGCUGCACCAGGAGCUUCACCGUCUGAAAGAGCAGAGGCAGACUUCAGCAAACAACACGAGACAUCCGACUGCUGGAAACAAUCAGGAACGUGCUCUGAAGGCAAAAUUGCUGUCAAUGCAGCAAGCCAGAGAAACUGCAGUUGAACAGUACAAAAGACUGGAAGAAGAACUGCAGACAUUACGAGUUUACUACAGUUUACACAAAUCAUUAUCUCAAGAAGAAAACUUGAAGGAACAGUUUAACCAUGCCCUUAGUACCUAUGAAGAAGCCUUAAAAAACAGAGAGAGCGUUGUUUCCAUCACUCAGCAGCAGAACGAAGAACUGGCCACCCAACUUGAGCAGGCUCUGACUCAGCAAGCCAACAUGGAAUUACAGCUUCAGUGUGCUGUAGAGGUCUCCCAAGCAGCCAAUGAAAAAGUUCAGAAGCCUUGCAGAAGCCACUUUCAUGUCCUUAAAGUGACAAUGUGUAUGAAGACGACCAAGGAAAGAAGGUUAAUUCACAGAGUGAAAACAAGAGAACGAAUACUCUAAAAUAGCAUCGAUGGAUGGACUGCAUCAUGGGUUAUGUAUGUAUGUAUGUGUGUGUGUGUGUUUGUGUGCGCAAGACUACAUCAAGUAUGUGUGCAUCUGUCCAUAUGCACAUCUAUCCACACAGAGAACAAUGAGUGUAUGUGAGAGAAAUGGCUUGUGCUUCAGUGACAUAAGAAUAGAGAUUAACAUUUGAAUAUAUUAAUAAAAGUAAUAUUUUAAUCCAAAGCUUUGCUUUAAAAAUAGGCUUUAUAGUUUGAUUGUUAAGCCCUAUGAUGCCAACCCUCAAAUCAAAAUUAUUAUUAUAUUAUAGAAUGGAUAUUCAACCUAGAGUCUGCUCUUCUGCAGAUUUUUAGCUUACCCUAAAGUCUAUUAUGGGAUAACCUCAUCAACAAUAGAUUUCUAAUCAAAGACUUGACUUUUACAUGGUUGCUAUAGAAAGUUACCGAAGAAGUCUUAAUAAGAAAAUUACAUCAUUAGUAAGAAACUGCCGCAAGAGUGACAUUAAAGAUUCUAAUUGAUGUGAGAAACUAAAUAAAAACUACUAGCAAGAGGCAAACAUCGAGAACUUCCCUUUCCUGUUCCAAUUUCUGCAUUUCAUUUUGUUAAUUGUUGUAAAGAAAAUAGUGUCUAUGAUCUGUAUCAUGUAAUUGAAUACAUUGUCUUAGAGAUAUUAAAGGAAGGCUGACAGUAAUUUCCACAUUUGCCAAAUGGUAUUAAUUCUGGAUGUUUUACAUAGAAGGUGUGUACAUGGGUUGGCUGUAGACAAUAUUAUCAUUCAGGUUUUCAUGGGGGAUAUCUUGUGUGAACUUAAAAAUAUUUAUAGAAGAGACUUACUUUCAAGGAGACAAUUUUUGCCUUCUAUUGGUAAGCAAUGUUAACUUCUAAAUGAAAAUCAAAACAGACUCUAAAUAACCUUUGUCAUCAGAAGUUUUUAUCUUUCUUAAAUUGCCUGAAAUUAAAUCCUUAAUAAUCAGAUGGGGAAAUACUGUUACAGUUCUUAAAUUUUUACUUUUGCUUUAUGGAAUUGUUCAAUAUUAAGGUUGCCUUGAAGUGCAUUUCUUCUCACGUAAUUGUUCUCUUCAGGUAGCCAAAUGGCUUUCUUAAACAUAGUAAGCCCUUUCUAUGUGUGACAAUUUUAUGAUGCUUUGGUUUCUUUCAUUUGUAUUCUUGAUAUAUUGUAAGUAAUGUCUUUGGGUAAAUUUUAAAUAAAGUUUUACAUGUGUGACAUCUAA